AUAAUAUUUCGAUGCUUAUUUAAAAAAAGUACAUUUAUUUAAAAAUUAAAAUAAUUACCGAAAAUUAAAAUAAUUUUUUCCAAAUUUCGAAAAAAAUGUCUACAAAUGGAAAUCGUUCGAAUAAUUUUUCCACCAAACCAUCGCCAAGUCAAGUAACAAAAAAUAAUGAGAAAAACAAUGAAAAUUUACAACAACAGAACGAAAUUGAUCCCGAUGAUCCUUGUAUAAAGAAAGAAGAAGAAAUUAAAAGAGAACCGUUAAUGUUUAAACCAACGAUUGGUUUAGAUCCAAGAUUUCAACAACAAAAUCAAACAUUGAGAUGUUAUGUGAGUUACGUCGAUUUUUUUCGUUGUGAAAAAAUUCUUGGAGAAAAUCAAGAAGCCUGCCAAUGGUUUAAAGAAAGUUACAAUACAUUUUGUCCCUUAAAAUGGAUUGAAGAAUUCGAUGAUGCAAGAAAUGAGGGACGAUUCCCUUGGCACAGAAAAGAUCAAGGCAAAUUUCCAGGCAAUAAAUAUGGCUAAUGGAUAAAAAUAAAUUUUUAAAUUAAUUCCCAAGAAUUGUAAAU